AUAGCCUUAUCUCACACUGUACAAUCGAGCUUUCUACAUGUCGAGAGUCAUCAAAUCAACGCCACCAUUUGAACCAAAUUGUUCUCGAAAGACAAUAGCCAUGUUUUACACGCUGUUUUUCUGCAUCAUCGUCGCAUUUGCCUCAGGAGCGCCAAAUGGCGAUACAGGACGUCUGAUUGGAGGCACGCAAGCAACUGCAGGUCAAUUCCCGUUCGUCGUUUCUAUUUCUCGGCAAGAUCAGCACAUUUGCGGCGGAUUUAUCUACAAUGAUCGAUGGGUCGUCACGACAGCCAAAUGCGUCGUUGGAAAACCACAGGCAGACCUGAAAGUAACUGUUGGUGCCCUGUCGCUUAUCACACCUGAUCCGGAAGAGCAAAUCAUUACCAUUUUGAGCAUCGUUCUGUUUGAAUUGUACGAAGAGGCCACUCAGAAACACGAUAUCGCUCUUAUCGAGCUCUCCCGGCCGAUCGUAUUCGGUUCAACUGCUCAAGCAAUCCGUUACGAUGAAAUCGAUGAACUGGCCACACCGUGGGAAGCAGCAAUCGUCGGAUGGGGAGCAACUUUUGAAGGGGGAGCUCCAGCAACACGUUUGCGAUGGGCCCCAAUUGAUAACCUGGCAGCUGACUGUCGUGCUUACGGUAUCGACCAGUACAUUCAGAAUUUCAUGAUUUGCGCUGGCUCUGAUGCAGGAACUGUUUCUCCAUGCCAAUUUGACGAGGGUACACCUCUUACGCAAAUGGCUAACUACGGAGGAGUCCCGGAAGAAAUUGUUGUUGGCAUCAUGUCUAAGAAUCAAGGUUGCACUGACCUCAGUGUUCCAUCCAUUUACACACGUUUGGCUACCUACUAUUCGUGGCUGCUGCAAACGGCAGGACAGCAACCGGCUCCGACUCGCUCGCUCCGCAAUUCUAAAUAGAAAUAUUCUUCUUCUCUACACCGUAGUUUCACUCUGAUACACGUUGACUAAUGAAAAUGGCGAGUUUUGUCUUCCGUGUGAAAGUCUACGACAAAUGUUAUUAAAAAUACAAUACCACCAUUAUAGCCGA